CGCAUCUCUCUGUUUCUCAUCUGCAAUUGAUAUCAGGGUUAGGUUUUUUAUUCUUCCAUGGAAGCAGCUUCUUCUUGUUCUUCAACCCCAAUCCAAUUUAAAAGGUGCCACUGCGAACCCCUCUGUUUCUGUUGCCACUACUCUUGUUCCUCCUGUCUUUAGGGUUUCAAGGAUUAUUUCUACUUGUUAUCAUGGACUUAUCAUCAUCCUCCCACCCGCAAUCCAACCUCUCUUUGGGAUUUUCAUCCCACGCGCCGUCGUCUCAAAUCGCCGAUGACUCCAUCGCACUCCCCGUAGCCCCAUCAAUCCCGCUCCAAUUGCUCGAGCCACAGCCGGAGAGCCACACAACAACAACAACAACAACUAAUGGUGAAAUUGGCGAAGACGACGACGACGACGACGACAGAGACGUCGAGGAGUUUCGGAUAUUGGGGCAUUCCAUGUGCUUGAAACGCCGCAGGGACAGAGAAUCCUCCUCCUCCUGUUCCUCCACCACCAAUUCCAAACGCGCGGCACUCUCUGAACCUCCUCCACCACCGGACCUUGAGGCCCGGAGGACUGCUGUCCGGGCCUGGGGUGACCAGCCUCUCCGAGUUGCCGACCCCGAUGUGUUUGGGAUUAUGGACAAGGAGAAGCAGAGGCAGUUCAAAGGGAUUGAAUUGAUUGCCUCGGAGAAUUUCGUGUGCCGGGCAGUAAUGGAAGCACUUGGAAGCCACUUGACCAACAAGUACUCCGAAGGAAUGCCCGGUGCAAGGUACUACGGUGGUAACCAGUACAUUGAUGAGAUCGAAACACUUUGCUGUAAGCGUGCUUUAGCCGCAUUUGGUCUCGAUGCUGAGAAUUGGGGUGUCAAUGUGCAGCCUUAUUCAUGUACAUCUGCCAACUUUGCUGUGUACACUGGAUUGUUAUUGCCCGGUGACAGAAUAAUGGGGUUGGAUACCCCAUCUGGAGGGAAUACUAGUCAUGGAUAUUAUACCAGCAAUGGGAGGAAGGUUUCCGGAGCAUCAAUUUUCUUUGAGACCUUGCCUUAUAAGGUCAAUUUACAAACUGGGUAUAUUGAUUAUGAUAAGCUCGAGGAGAGGGCGCUUGAUUUUCGCCCCAAGAUACUUAUUUGCGGUGGGAGUUCGUAUCCCCGCGAAUGGGAUUAUGCAAGGUUUAGGCAGAUUGCUGAUAAAUGUGGAGCUGUGCUGCUUUGUGAUAUGGCGCAAAUUAGUGGCCUUAUUGCAGCAAAGGAAUGUGUAAAUCCUUUUGACUACUGUGACAUUGUUACUUCUACUACUCAUAAAAGCCUUCGGGGUCCCAGGGGAGGUAUAAUUUUUUAUAGGAAGGGUACAAAACCAAGGAAGAGGGGAUUUCUUUUAACUCAAGGAAGUGAAAGCGACCACUAUGAUUUUGAGGAAAAGAUCAACUUUGCCGUUUUUCCAUCAUUGCAAGGGGGACCGCACAAUAACCACAUUGCUGCUCUUGCCAUAGCUUUAAAGCAAGUGGCUACACCUGAAUACAAGGCAUAUAUGCAGCAAGUGAAGAAAAACGCACAGGCUUUAGCAUCAUCUUUGCUGAGAAGAAAGUGCAGGUUAGUAACUGGUGGCACAGACAACCAUUUGCUACUUUGGGAUCUGAGGCCCCUAGGAUUAUCAGGCAAGAGCUACGAGAAGGUAUGUGAAAUGUGUCACAUUACUGUCAACAAGAUCGCCAUUUUUGGUGAUAAUGGAACUAUUACUCCUGGAGGAGUGAGGAUUGGUACCCCCGCUAUGACUUCAAGAGGUUGUUUGGAGGUGGAUUUUGAGACAAUUGCUGAUUUUCUCCUAAGAGCUGCACAGAUUGCAACUUUAGUGCAAAGGGAGCAUGGGAAGUUGCAGAAGCCUUUUCUGAAGGGUCUUGAGAGCAAUAAGGAUAUUGUUGAGCUUAGGACCAGAGUUGAAACCUUUGCUUCUCAGUUUGCAAUGCCGGGAUAUGAUAUUUGAAUUGAGUAAGACUGACAGUUUAUGACUCAGCCGGUCUGCUGCAAAUACCAAAUCUGAAAUAGUCUGUCCUUGUACGGACAUCGCAGAGAGUGAGUGUCAUGUGAGAAUUAUUUGGUAACUUCUUGUUACCUUGAUUUUGGUGAAACAGGGAAUGCAUCUCCAAAUCAUUGGAUGCAUGGUGAUGCAAACAAUCGCAGGAUUCUAGGCCAACUAAACCCUUGCAUAACAUUUUUGGAUAUGGUAUAUCCAGAUUGAAAUCACCUUGGUAUUGUUUAGUAUAGUGAAUCCAAUGUCGAACAAAUUUGAUUCCUUAUAUUGUUUUCAUUUUCGAUAAAUAAAAGAAUUACCUUGUACAGUGCAUAUAACUGUUUUUCGUUUUGUUUUGAUGAAUU